AUAAGGAGAAAAUGAACCUCCGAAGUUUCAGCUGUACCAUUGGGAUACCAACGAUCGCAAGUCAUAGAGCAAAAUCCAUCUCUUAUAUCAAAAGUAUAACUCAUCUUACAAUAAAUACCGUAAAUCUACAAAUUAAUAACCUUCUUGGUGCUGGUAAGCAUCUCCACAGCAGAGGCAUGCGGCAUGCGUUUUGUUUGUCUUGUUCGGAUGUAGCAACAGCUUCAGGGCCGAUAUGAACGGACCAGUCCUCGGGUUAGUUGGCAGGCACGGCUGGUCGGUCAUGUUUUUAUGUCCUUCUCUGAACAGCAGUUUCACAGCCAACUUCUUUUUUGCCAUUACUCCGUUUACUCACCUUAUCAAUCGACGUUGCAGAGUUUGGUUUGGUUUGAAGGUUGGUGACGGCGGCACGAAGUUUGUACCAGGCACACGAAAUGCCUCUGGUGGGCAAGCAGUCACCUCAACAUGCUGCAAUUCAAUUAAACAACAAAAUCAAGAGACAUUAGUCCUGCCGUGGCUGCUAUAGUGAUGGGGCUGUUUGCUUGAACAGUUUCUCACGACUGCCGCUGCUACUGACGGGCGUUCAGAAGCGAGUCGGCCGUCAGGAGUGUGCUGCGCUGAAGCUGACCAUGGGAGCUGAGUGCUGCAACAAAGACUGCCUGAAGCCAAGUGUCGUUAGCUAUGGGGUGGUAGCUUGGCUAUCCAGCGGUGCAGCCCUGGGUGUGGGCAUCUGGAUGCUGGUAGAGAAGAGUACCUACAACUCCCUCCUGGACAGCCUGUUCUACCCGGCCACCAUCUACAUCCUCAUCGCAGCCGGAACGUUCGGCUUCAUCUUCGCGGUGUUUGGGUGCGCAGGCGCCAUGACAGACUCCAGAUGCAUGCUGGCCUUGUUCUGGAUCACCAGCUUCGUGGCGUUUGCUGCUCUUGGGUCGACGGGAUUCCUCGCCCUGUAUUACCACGAUAAUGUGCUUCGAAAGGACAUCAACAUUAGACAGGCAAUCAACGAGUCCGAGACCAACAAAGAUCUCAUGACGGUCAUCGACAAGUUGCAGACAGAGCUCUCCAUGUUACAUAGUUCCGGUGCUGCGGUGAGCGCGGUGCUUCUGACUGGCACAAGCUUCCAGACUCGUGCUGUCCUGAAGAACCGACUGGUACCUGUGACUUUGCUAGGGCUCAUGGCAAGGGAUGUGAGGGCUCUCUGGAGACCUGGGUACGAGAGAACGUUUUCCGUGCUGGAUGGAUCGCCCUGGGACUGAGUCUGGUGCAGGUCAGCUCUUAACACGCCAUUCAGACAUCUAACGUUAU